AUGAAUGGUGCGGUCAUCGAAAAUCUCAGUAAUCGAAAAUUAUUUGGGAUUUUUGUAGUGUUAUUAUGCGUUCAAAUUUUAUUUUUUCUAAUUGGAGCAAUUUAUGGUAAAUAUUUUUGAAUUUCAUUUUUUGAAUUGAUUUUUUCAAUAAAACUUAUUUCAGCUCCAUCUCCAUCCACUUUUAUGGAAUUUGAAAUGAUAAAAUGUCACGAUUCUUCAAAAGGAAUCACUAAUGAAUGGUUUCAUAGAGAGAACUGUCAACUAAUCGACGAUUUAUCGCAAUUCACUCCAUCUUCAUUCGAUAUGAGAGAAAUCGUAUUUGUUGCAAAAAUGCCGCAUGCUCGAGAUGGAAUUGAACUCGAAUAUUCACCUUGGUUCCAAUUUUUAUUAGGUGUUUUACACGUUGAUGUUGAAUAUAGUGAACACUUCAAAUAUGUUGAACAUGCUCCAUUAUCUCUUGAAGUUCGGAUGGGAUAUCGAACAAAAGAAUCUGGAAAAAAUGAUUGGCAGGAGUUGAGUAGCACAAAUGUAUCAAGAAUUCUUGAAUGUUCGAUCAAAGAUGAAGAUGUGAGUAACAAUUCCAAAUUUAUCUUCAAAAAAUAUUUUUUUAGAAAAAAGAAGGAAGAUCUUAUGAUUGUGAUAUGCUAGAUCUAUUUGAAUUUGGCUCGAGUAAUUAUCCAUUUUAUCUUGUAAAUAUCAGAAUUCCAAUAAAUCAAGCCGCAUGUCGUUAUAAUCCGAAAAGUCCAAAUUGUCAAAUUGGAAAAAUCUCAGAGCUUCGACUUAUUGUAAGUCCACUUUUCCUUAAAAUUUAAAACAUUCAAUUUUUUAAAGGAAAUCCAUCAAAACGGUGGUUUCACAUUAAUAUGGCUCUGGAUGAAAACCUUAUUGACACCCAUUGUUAGUGGAUGUUUAUACUGGUAUUGGCGAAGAAUUCAUCAAUUGGCUCGUAAUCCACUUCUCCUCGAAAAAGCAAUUUUGGCACUUGGCCUAAGUUUGGCAAUUCUUGAUUUCCCAAUCGAAUGGAUUUCGUUGACUCUACGAGUUCCAUUUUUGUUAUUAGUUUCGGAUUUGAGACAAGGAUUGUUUUACACAAUUCUGUUCUCUUUUUGGCUUAUUUUCGCUGGAGAACAUCUUAUUGAUGAUACUACAAGGAAUAACAUUGUGAGUUUUGUAUUUUUUUUUUUGAAAACUGUUUAUAAAGAUUAUAUUUAGAUGUCAUAUCGUUUCAAUCUCUCAUUUAUCAUAACUGCUUCAUUUGCUCUUUUGAUCUAUGAUUUGGUUGAAAGAGGUGUACAAUUAUACAAUCCAUUUUACAGUGUUUGGGCUUCUGAAACUGGAUCAAAUAUUGCUGUAAGUUAUCUUCAUCUCACUAAAUCUCAUGUCAAAAUUACAUUUUCUUUCAGUAUUUCACAAUUUUCGUUGGCGCAAUUUGUACAGUUUGUUAUUUUGCAUUUUUGUUUUACAAAAUCGUCAAAGUUUGGACAACAAUUCGUCGAAAACGAGCAGCUCAAUUAUAUCAAAAUAGCGAAAAUCGUCGACUAAAGGUUUGUGAUUAUUUUCUCCACAUUUUAAAUCAUUUUAAUUUCAAAAUUUCAGGUCGAAGGUGUAAUUUAUCGUUUCAAAUUCUUGAUGCUCUUCACUCUUCUCUGUUCGGCGUUCACGAUUCUCGCAUAUUUUAUGAAACAAUAUGGAGAAGCUCAAUUGCAUUCAGAUGAUGCGCGUGACGGUUUUCUGACUGGAAGCACUUCAGCAUUUUUCACCGGAACUUUUGGAAUGUGUAAUAUUUAUGUUCUUCUGUUAUUGGCUAUGUAUGCACCAUCUCACAAACAUUACAAAGGAGCUUCACGUGGGUUUUUUCUUUAAAAAUCUGAUUUUAUACAUUAGAAUUGAAGGUAGUCCAAAAAAUUGAAAGUUUAGGGUACAAUUUUGACACUAAAAAUUUAGCCAAAAUUUUGAGUUUUCGGAACUACGAACCUGAGCAGAGGGUUUUCAGAAUUGAUCGAUGAAGAAGAUGAUGAAAUUGUGGAUGAUGGAACUCAUACCGAAUCAAAUGCUUUAACAACAUUCCUCAAACCAAACACUGACUGA